ACUGAGAAUCGAUCAUUUUUAAUCUCUGGGGUGCCUUGAUUUUGCAGGUCAACAUGGUAAUUUCGGUCCAAUGAUGUCGAUUCCUUCUCCUCCCCGUAUGGCUUCUUCUUCCCCUAUCCACGAAACUCGUUCCGAGAAUGAUAGCCCUCUCCAUAUUGAUCUUCAUCAAGAUCUAUUUCCAGAUUACUAUGGUGGACCGACUCCGAUUGCUUUCGUAAUGAAAGAAAAGUUUCCUAGGAAUGAUACCCCUAAUGGGAAUAACUUGAAUGAUAUCCCUAAUGGAAUUAAUGAUUCUCCUCCUACGAUUAAGGAGAGCAAUUUCCCUGCUACAUCAGUUCCGCCUUCUACCACUGGGAAGGGUUACCUUAUGCUCCUAUACAUUGGCCCAACCUUGGUGAUAUUUGGAGCUGGAGAGUGGGUAAGAGGGACUCAAUUUUUAUAUAAAAUAAAAGGACUAUAUUUUAAAUAUUAAAAUAAUACAGGGACC